AGAUUGAGGGCCCUGAUUUGAGAUGUGCAAUAUUUUCAGAAUUUCAUCUGCUCUUUCAUCAGCGUUUAUUUAAAUUCCUUAAAACAUUUCCUUUUUAAAAUAAAUAUUUUUUAAGCAACUGGAUAUCCAUUUUUUAUGUGACUUAAAGAUAUACUCAAACCCGGUUAACUCGCGGUAUUUCAUUAGCGCCCUCUGGAUUUUGUUAUAAACAAACCUGCGUGACCUGCUUGUCAAAGAUGACAGAAAUCAUCUCUCGCUGCAAGCAUGAAUCGAUUUUUGGUAAUCAAAUGUUGUUAACAUGUCGUAUAAUAAAUUCCAUAUAUUUAAAUUGUUCUAUAAGUUAUUGUUUGUUACUUUGAAUGGUAUGUCAGAUCUUUGUUUAUUCAUGUUUAAUUUAAUAUAAGUGCUUUUUAAACUUUUUCUCGCAAAUCUACCAGGCAAAAAAUAUAUAAUUGCGUACCGUGGUGUUGUUUUUAUGCUCACGGUAGGGUGGCAUAUAGCAGUUGAACUGUCCGUCAGUGUGUCAGUCAGUCUGUCCGUCCGUCCAUCCGAAAACUUUAACAUUGGCCAUUACUUUUGCAAUUUGAAGAUAGCAACUUGAUGUUUGGCAUGCAUGUGUAUCUCAUGAAGCUGCACAUUUUGAGUGUUGAAAGGUCAAGGUCAUCCUUCAAGGUCAAAAAACAAAAUCCAAUGGAAGUAACAAGCUUUAAAGGAAGAUAAUUUCUAUUUUAUAUCAUUUGGCAGGUACAGAUCAUUUUCACAAUGGAAGUAAUAUAUUUUUAAAGGAAAUAAUCUAGAACAAAUUUAAAGGUCAGUGUCAUCCUUCACGGUUAAAAGUAAAAAAAUACAAUCCAAGGGAAGUAAUAAGCUAUAAAAGGGAGAUAAUUUCUAAACCUGCCAAAUGAUAUAUUGAAUUUUAUUUCAAAGCAGCGCAAUAAGGGGCAUUGUGUUUCUGACAAACACAUCUCUUGUUGUUUCUUCAGCAGUAAAUUUGAAGGAUUUUAUUCAUAAAUAUGCAAAAAUUAAAUAUGUCCUUUAAUCAUUAUAUUAUAUAUAAUUAUCUUAUAUAUGAAGCAGUGUGUGUUUUUUUUUUCACCAUUUUGGGAAUUGAGCCGGGUCCCUUUGGCUUGGGAAAAUUUGCCGUGAUUUGACUAAAAUUGGAAAAUUAGUGUUUUUGUUUUGCUAAAACAAAUGCUUCAAAAUUGAGAAUACAAAUCGAGGGCUGCCCGCAAGACUGUCUUAACUGCAUAUUUUUUCAAAAUUGACUUUAUUGCAUUUUUAUACCUGUUAUCAUGUUUUACAUCACUGCAAAAAAAAGUUUUGCUUUAUUCUUAAAGCAAAUAGUGUUUAUGUCUAUAAUGCAAUAUAGUCUUAUCUCAUUCUGAAUAUAAACAUUCCUGCAAUACAGUAGUAAGUCAACUUACUACAUUAUUGCACAUACAUUUUAUUGAUCUUCAUGGUAUUUGUUCCUGCAAUACAGUCUCAGUCAACACAAUGUGAUGUCAUAAUGUUGUCAUAAUGUUGAUGACAUCAUCAGUUUAUCUUGGAAAAUGGUUUAAAUAGUAUUUUACAACAUCUUGAGUUAUUUUCAAACUCGUACAUCUCAUAUAAUAUCUACAAGAUCAAAUGUUUGAUGCACCUUUUAAAAACCAUGCCAAAGGUAAGAUUAUUAAUUUAUUAUGUUGUUGUUUCUUUAAUUUAAGCAUUCCAUUUAAUACUUUUAUAUAAUAUUAUGAGAUUAAAGCAUUACAAAAUCUGAAAUUAUUCAUUGUGCAGGUAAAAAAGCAUUGGUUCUUUUGCACUUAUAAAAAUAUUAAUUGGUCAAACAGGUGUAAUUGAUAAUUAUGGUGUCGCCCAAGAAGUCACGGGUUCGAUCACUACUUAAAGAGCAUUCUUUAGUUCUCAGAAAAUUAUGUAUAAAUUUAGCCAAGCAUUGUUUUAUCUUUUGCAGUGCAUCUGCAAGUAUAUAAAUUUUGUUCAAACAAAGCAGAACAAUUAAUGAAGUUCUACAAUGAAAUUAGUUUACUACAUGUAUUCAGAAUCAUGGCGAUUUCAACAGCCUGUAUUCUGUAGAAUUUUUAACUUACCGUGGCCAGGUUGGUUUUAAGAUAACAGCAUAAAAAUAAAUAAGAAAGAGACCUUCCAAUAUGAUGGUGGUACAAGCCAGUUACAGUCAAGGGCAUUUGAAGUUUGGUGGAAAUGGUCGACAGUGCAUAGCAAAUGCCAUAUGCGCUGCGCAAAAGUGUUCACAGUCAAAUCCAUCUGAAUGGGACACCUCAGCACUUGACUCUAUUUUAAAAGAAGGUGACAUUAUGUAUCAAUCAAUUGCUUUGAAAAAGCAAUACUUGUGUAUUGAAGACAUUCCAAAGUCUGUUUGUAGACUUGAAAAUAUUGUUUAUGGAUCUUUGUCUAUUGGUGCUGAUAAUGACUCAACAUUUUUUAGUCUAGAAGAUGCUAUUGGUAAGUGUAUUGGUACAGCAGAAACUGCGGGUUGCAUGUUUACUAUGGGGGAUUUAGAACCAUGCUAUUCAAGUGCCUUAAUGAAGCAUUCUAAUACAUAUUUCUUUUUUGACCCUCACAGUCGAAAUGAGUGUGGUAUGCUCAGCUCAGAUGGAAAAGCUACCUUAACCUCACAUUCUAAUGCCUCCUCCCUUUGCUUGUUUAUAAGACAUCUAGCUGCUUCCCUUAAACUUCCUUCAUCAGUUCCAUUUGAACUAUCAAUGGUAAACAAUGAAAACACAGCACAUUCUGAUUCAGAUAGUGAGUUUUCAGGGUUUGAUCCUGUAAGUGACAGUGAAUACACAAAGCGUGUUGCAAACUCAGUUGUUGAAAGCUCUAGUGUUAGCACAUGCUCAAGUGUUUCAUCUAUAUCUGACUUUGAUUGCAGUAAUGCAGGGUCUGAUUUUGAUCACAUGAUUAUGGAAACAAUAGUUGGGUUAGAUGAUAGUGCCACCUUUUUGCAAUCAAUUGAUUUAUCUACCUUUUCUGAAGAAAGAACACACAAAAGCCAUUCAAGCAAACAUGAUGUUGACUCAUCACUUAAUGAAAAGGUUUUAAGUGAUGUACCCAUAAGUUAAAGACAGAUUGACAAGAAUAUAAAUGACCAUUGCAUUUAUAGCAAAUUUUAUGAAAAUGUUGAAGGUGAGGAUUUUGAUUGUGAAGAUGAUGAUUCAAAAGAUCCAGAUUAUGUGCCUGAUGGUGAUGAUGAUUAUCAUCAAGAUGAUCAUAAUGAUGGUGAUGAUGAAAUUGUGCAGGUUAACAAUAAUGUUAUACGUACAGAUGAUGGUUUGUCAGACAAUGAUGAAGACAAUAUUCCUUUGAGUAAACUAAGAGAUGAAGACAAUAUUCCUUUGAGUAAACUAAGAGGUCAGGUGACACAAAUGGAUGUAAGUGGUUUAGUUCAGGUGACACAUACGGAUGUAAGUGGUUUAGUUCAGGUGACACAUACGGAUGUAAGUGGUUUAGCUCAGGUGACACAAACGGAUGUAAGUGGUUUAGCUCAGGUGACACAUACGGAUGUAAGUGGUUUAGCUCAGGUGACACAAAUGGAUGUAAGUGGUUUAGCUCAGGUGACACAAACAGAUGUAAGUGGUUUAGCUCAGGUGACACAUACGGAUGAAAGUGGUUUAGCUCAGGUGACACAAAUGGAUGUAAGUGGUUUAGUUCAGGUGACACAAACGGAUGUAAGUGGUUUAGCUCAAGUGACACAAACAAAUGUAAGUGGUUUAGCUCAGGUGACACAAACGGAUGUAAGUGGUUUAACCAGACCAGUAAAUGGAAGAGGGAGAAAAAGGCUUAGAAACGAACAUCAGUGGAAAAGGACAGUGGCCAAAAGAUCAAGGGGUCAAGGUAAGACCUAUAUUUCUUUGAUGACAGGGAAGCAGCAAUUAGCCCGUCUUAUUCGUCCAGGCUGUGGCCACUCGUGCCGAUAUAAAUGCCACGAAAAGUUUUCACUAAAUGACCGCGAGAGCAUUUUUCAUUCGUUCUGGCAAUUGGGCGAAGUCUCAAAACAAUGGCAGUAUGUUGGAACAUAUGCUAAACAAAAACCUAAGCAAGUUCAAAAAAGCUCAGGGGGUAAUAGAAAGGUUUCUAUUCAAUGGAGUCUCCCGAAGCAAGGCACUGGACCAGAAAAGGUAUGUAAAACCUUCUUCCUUCAUACACUUGACAUUUCAGAGACUGUUAUUAAAACAGCUUACCGAAAACUGGGGAUGUUGGGUGUCAGUGAAAAAGACAUGCGAGGUAAGCAUAGAAACAGACCAAACACUGUGUCGUGUGAUGCGAAGGAUCGAGUGAGGCAACAUAUAGAAUCUUUCCAAUGUGUCGAUAGCCAUUAUUGUAGGAAAGACACAAGUAAAAGGUACUUGCCAGCACAGUUAAAUGUAAAAAAAAUGUAUCAGUUGUAUAAAGAGCAAUGCCAACAAGAAGAUUUAUCACCUGUACAUAUUUCGAUGUACAGAAAAAUAUUUGACUGCGAGUACAACCUUUCUUUUCAUAAACCUAUAAAGGAUAGAUGUGACUUCUGUGUUUCUGUUGAAAAUGCUGGUCCAGAUGUCAAACAAGCCCAACAAGGUGAAUAUAACAGGCACAUCAACAAUAAAAUAAAAUCCCGACAGAGCAAAGUUGAUGAUAAAGAAAAGGCCAAAACUGAUCAUGAUUUAUGUGUAGCAUGUUUUGAUCUUGAACAGGUCCUGCUCACACCUCACAGUAAUGAAUCAUGUUUAUAUUAUAAAAGAAAACUGUCAUCAUUCAAUUUUACAAUAUAUGACCUAUGCACUAAGGAUGGCUAUUGCUAUAUAUGGAACGAAGUCAUUUCUGGCCGUGGGGCAUGUGAGAUUGCGUCUUGUGUGCUGGAUUUUAUCAAGGCUAAACGAAAAAAAGGUAUUAAGCACUUUAUAUUCUACUCUGAUAAUUGCUCAUCCCAAAACAAAAAUAAAUACUACAUAACUAUGCUUUGGCAUUCCCUUCAAAGUCUUGGUAUCAGCACCAUACAACACAAAUACCUUAUCAAAGGUCAUACUCAAAAUGAGGCUGAUAGCAUACAUGCCUGUGUCGAGGCAGCAUCAAGAAAGAUUUCAAUAUACACAACUGCUCAGUGGUCAGCUGUUGUUCGAACAGCUAGGAGAGAACAACCAUACAUUGUUAAAGAGAUGGGCCCCACUGAUUUCUUUGACUUUAAGGCAAUAUCGGUACAAUUGAAAAAUUUUCACCUCAAUGAAAACAAUGAGAAAGUGGACUGGCAUUCUAUCCAGUUAUUGAAAUUAAACAGUGAAUCCCCAAACAAGUUUGACUACCAAACUGAUUAUGAUGGUCUAGUCAAAUCUGUAGAUUUGUUCAAGCGUCUACGCUCAUCAUGUGGGGAUGUUCCAAAUCCUUGCCAAAUAAUGCUCUCUGUUCUUCACACUGAGUUGAUACCACUUGGUAGGGACAAGUAUGUUGACCUUGUUCACUUAUGUUCAAAGGGAAUCAUUCCACGGGUACACCACCCCUUUUAUCUAUUGUUACCCCACCAGUAACUCCAAUUGGUCAUAUUUAAGCAUGGCAAUAUUAUGCAGAAUGUAACAUUUAUAACUCCAUUUUAAUGUUAUUUAAUUAUUAACUGAUGUAGUUCUUAGAGAUUCUGUAAGAACUAUCUCUAUUUUUAUACGCCCGUAUAAAAUACGGGACGUAUUAUGUGAAACCCCUUGGCGGGCGGCGGGCGGAAGGCAUCACUUUGUCCGGACUCUAAUUCAAAUUGUAUUCAUCCGAUCUUCACCAAACUUGGUCAGCAGUUGCAUCUAGUUGAUAUCUAGGCCAAGUUCGAAUAUGGGUCAUGCCGGGUCAAAAACUAGGUCAUAGGGUCAAUAAGUGCAUUUUCAAAGGGGCCACUUUGUCCGGACUCUAUUUCAAAUUGUAUUCAUCCGAUCUUCACCAAACUUGGUCAGCAGUUGCAUCUAGUUGAUAUCUAGGCCAAGUUCGAAUAUGGGUCAUGCCGGGUCAAAAACUAGGUCAUAGGGUCAAUAAGUGCAUUUUCAAAGGGGCCACUUUGUCCGGACUCUAUUUCAAAUUGUAUUCAUCCGAUCUUCACCAAACUUGGUCAGCAGUUGCAUCUAGUUGAUAUAUAGGCCAAGUUCGAAUAUGGGUCAUGCCGGGUCAAAAACUAGGUCAUAGGGUCAAUUAGUGCAUUUUCAACGGCGCCACUUUGUCCGGACUCUAAUUCAAAUUGUAUUCAUCCGAUCUUCACCAAAUUUGGUCAGAAGUUGUGUCUAGAUGAUAUGUAGGUCAAGUUCAAAUAUGGGUCAUGCCGGGUCAAAAACUAGGUCACGAGGUUACUUAGUGCAUUUCAAGCAUUUAGCAUGGUGUCCGCUCUCUAAUUGAAGUAGUUUUCAUCUGAUCUUCACCUAAUUUGGUCAGAAGUUGUGUCUAGAUGAUAUGUAGGUCAAGUUCGAACAUGGGUCAUGCCGGGUCAAAAACGAGGUCACAUAGUGCAUUUCAAGCAUUAAGCAUGUUGUCCGCUCUUUAAUUGAAGUAGUUUUCAUCUGAUCUUCACCAAAUUUAGUCAGAUGUUACAUCUAAGUGAUAUCUAGGUCAAGUUCAAAUAUGGGUCAUGCCGGGUCAAUAACUAGGUCUUGAGGACACUUUCAAGCAUUGAGCAUGGUGUCCAAAACCUUAGAACGGGCGUAUCUUGUGACAGUUUGGCACUCUUGUUUACUAUGUCAGACAUGCCUGAUCAAGUUAAACAAUAAUUAAGAAAUAACAAUAAAACAAAUUUCUGAACAAUGUUUAAAGUAUUAUUCAAAUUAGAAUAAUAAUGUCUAAAGUAUGUAGCAUUUAUAUACUGAGACAUUGUUCUUGUCCAUAAACAACUUAACAGCAAGUAUAGUUGACAGGUCUGUAGAUACAAAUCAACAUCACUUAUGCAAUUUCAUUAUUGUAUUCUAGUUUAUUGGUGUGCAUUAGGACAUACUGGAUCAGGUGAAUAAUAAUUAGUAUUAUUCAUACAUUAACGUCAGUAUCAUUUUUUAACAUUAACAAAAAAUGAAAAAUUUAUAUUAUAAUAUUAUACAUAACGAUUUGCCUGCUGUCAGUUACUUCAUUGUUAUUUUAUCAGUUUAAGUUCUAUC